CAUGAUUUUGAGAUAACAAUAGCCAUAAGUUGAUUUGAAAUGUCAAUAUUGCAAAAAGAACAAGAUUUUCGAAUUUCAAAUUAAUAACUCAAUUCUCACAUACUUUCCAGAAUUGUAUAACUUAGAAUGGGGGGCAUUGUAUAUUUACAGUUGUCCUUCAACUUGUUCUGUAGGAGUUUAAAUUUUAAUAGAAGAAAUUGUAUAUGCUAAUUCAGAUGAAUAAGAAUUUAUUAGUCCUAACUUUAGGGUAGAUUCAAAUACAAAAUUAGUCACAAUUAAAUAAGACUCAAACAAAUAAAAUAAAUAGAAGUAAUAAAUUUAGUAACAGUAGUAAAUCCAAUAAAAAAUUGAUGAAAAAGAUGAGAAAGAUGAUUGGUGA